AUGAUCGUGAUGUCAUCAGACGAGGAAGUGGAUCAGUGGAACAGGCUGCUGUGGGGGGUGAUGGCAUCUUACAAAAAGACGGCCCCAGAAAGAGAAGACUGCUAUCGGGAUGAACCACCUAGGAAGAUGAUACCAGAAAAGAAUUCACUUAGACAGACCUACAACAGCUGUGCUAGACUGUGCUUGAAUCAGGAAACGGUAUGUUUAUCUGGGUCCACCAUGAAGACGGAGAGCUGUGUUGUAAAAACAAAACUUGCCAACAUCACUUCCAGCAUGAUCGUGCCCAAACAGAGGAAAUUGUCCGCUAACUACGAGAAGGAGAAGGAGCUUUGCGUUAAGUACUUUGAAAAGUGGUCAGAAUGCGACCAAGUGGACUUUGUAGAGCAUCUGAUCUCUCGAAUGUGCCACUACCAGCAUGGUCACAUAAACACUUACCUUAAGCCCAUGUUGCAAAGGGAUUUCAUCACUGCACUUCCAGCUCGUGGAUUAGACCAUAUAGCAGAAAACAUUCUUUCCUACCUCGACGCCAGGUCGUUGUGUGCCACCGAACUGGUAUGUAAGGAGUGGUACCGAGUGACGUCCGAUGGCAUGCUGUGGAAGAAACUCAUAGAGAGGAUGGUCAGGACAGACUCUCUUUGGAAAGGACUGGCCGAAAGGAGAGGAUGGGGUCAAUACCUAUUUAAAAACAAGCCCCCAGAUGGAAAAACACCACCAAACUCAUUCUACAGAGCACUUUAUCCAAAAAUCAUUCAAGACAUUGAGACGAUAGAGUCUAAUUGGCGAUGCGGUAGACAUAGCUUACAAAGAAUUCACUGCCGCAGUGAAACCAGCAAAGGAGUGUAUUGUUUACAGUACGAUGACCAGAAAAUAGUCAGCGGCCUUCGUGAUAACACUAUCAAGAUUUGGGAUAAGAAUACGUUAGAGUGUAAGCGAGUCUUGACUGGACACACAGGAUCUGUUUUAUGCCUACAGUAUGAUGAACGAGUGAUCAUUACUGGGUCCUCAGAUUCUACAGUCAGAGUUUGGGAUGUGAACACAGGAGAGAUGUUAAACACACUGAUUCACCACUGUGAGGCUGUGCUUCAUUUACGUUUUAAUAAUGGUAUGAUGGUCACGUGUUCCAAAGAUCGUUCUAUUGCUGUGUGGGACAUGGCCUCUGCCACCGACAUAACCCUGCGGAGAGUUUUAGUGGGUCAUCGAGCUGCUGUUAACGUUGUGGACUUCGACGACAAAUACAUAGUGUCUGCUUCUGGUGAUCGAACAAUAAAGGUGUGGAACACCAGUACAUGUGAAUUUGUACGAACCUUGAACGGUCACAAGCGUGGAAUUGCUUGUUUGCAGUAUAGAGAUCGACUGGUUGUGAGUGGCUCGUCAGACAACACUAUUCGAUUGUGGGACAUUGAAUGUGGGGCCUGUUUGCGAGUGCUGGAGGGACAUGAAGAAUUGGUUCGAUGCAUUCGCUUUGAUAACAAGCGAAUUGUCAGUGGUGCAUAUGAUGGGAAAAUUAAAGUGUGGGACCUUGUGGCUGCCUUAGACCCUCGCGCUCCUGCAGGGACUCUUUGUCUGCGGACACUUGUGGAACAUUCGGGAAGAGUGUUUCGGCUGCAGUUUGAUGAAUUCCAGAUAGUAAGCAGUUCUCACGAUGACACAAUUCUCAUCUGGGAUUUUCUCAAUGAUCCAGCUACACACGCGGAGUCUACGCGAUCCCCUUCUAGAACAUACACGUACAUAUCCAGAUAAAUAAUACUAUGUAGUACCUCACAGUUGCACAGUUUAUUUACAGGAAAACCUGAGAAUUCUCAUCUUUGCUCUCAUGCAGGACUUUUAUUUGAAAAGUAUGGUAACUGACUCAGCUGUGAAUGCUGGGAAAUGUCGAAUUUGAUGAAAAAACAAAGAGAACCCUGGAUUAGUGCUGUUGGCAUCGUGAUGCAGCCCAGGCCAAUCUGCAGAGAGGACUGCUGAAGUGCUGCUAUUGGAAGAUACUUUUCAUAAAACCCCUCGUUGUCACAGGGGCCUGCCGCUUUCUCUCCAGCAGCGGCUUUGCGGACCCCUGUGUUAGCGACUGUGGUGAAAUGUUGCAAUUUUGAAUGGAUGGAGACAAUUCAUGCCACAGACUUCAACUAUAUGUAAAUGUCUUGUCGGCAUUUCUGUUGCUUCUCCGUAAGCAGAAAGAGAACAUUUUUCACCACGUCCCAUGCACGCCGUGCACUGCUUUCCGUGUGGUUAUGGUGAGAAAUCCGAAUUUCAUUUUGCAAGUACUUGUAAAGGUGCGAGUAGGUGAUUUUUUUAAUUUUAUUUUUCUUGCUUUUAUGAGAAUAACGAAGACUGCCCCGUUACAC